CAAGACAUGGCGAUCGAAAUGUGAUGAUGCAUGGUUGGUCCGGUUGUCCCACAGGAUAGCAGACUUGAUGGAAUGGAGGGUGAGGAUAUAAAGGUCACUCUAUCUGGCCUUGUCGGAUGGAUGACAGCCUCGACCUUCAGACAGAUCCGGAGCUCUCUCCCUUGAAACAAACAUACAGAGUAACAGCAAAUCUAAAAACCUCCAUUGUACUUUCGAGACCUGCAUUCUCGUAGAAAAUCAUAUUCUAAAAAGCAAACGAGCACAAUGGUUUCCGCAAGCAUCCCCGCAGGCACAUCGCGCCUCCUCCUCGCAUGCUCGCACUUUAUGACGUGGGCUAGCUCUGCUAUCGUCGUUGGCAUCACUGGGUAUUUCCUCAAUGACUUUGACCACAACCAGCACCUUAUUUUCUGGAUCGUCAUUGCCGCCAUGACCCUCUGCUUCUGGCUCCCAUCGUUCGCUCUUCCAUUCAUGGGAAGUUAUAAGAACUGGUAUUUGCCAAUGAACUUCGUGUUUAGCUAUCUCUGGCUCACAUCCUUCAUCUUCGCGGCCCAAGACUACAACUGGCACGAAUGUGAAUUCAACUCACCAACCGAUACGAAGAAAUGCUCGCUGAAGAAGGCGAAUGAAGCCUUCUUCACCCUCUUGGGCCUGAUCGUAGAAACCUUGCGCUGGAAGGGCACCGAGACUUCAGCUGCUGAGCAUCCAGGCAAAGAGCGUGCAAGUGUGGAGACUGGUGCGACUGCGUAGACGCGUGGAGGAUGUAGGAAAUGGUAGGAAGGAGAAUAUAUGUAUGCUGCAUGAUGAAAGUUGUUAGGGUGGAGAGUGGGUCGUGUCUGUACUAUAAUGUUUAAUACUACCCGCACAGUUAUAAAGAUAAAGGUGACGAGUUGAUGCACUCAGAGUCCUCUAGU